AUGCCAAACCAAAGAAAAUCCACUCAGCAAAAUGAGCUGGCUCAAUUAGUGGCUCAGAUCCCACCUGUGACCCGUUUCGUGUUGCUGGCGAUCGUCGUGUUGUACACACUUCUAAGAGCAGGAAUCUUGUCAGAUGUUUGGUUCUAUUUCUGGCCCUACGAGACCUUCCUGAAAUUACAGAUUUGGCGUAUGAUUACGGGGCCCUUGAUUAUCAGAAAGGGCAAAUUGGCCACCCUAUUCACGUUGUUUGAAUUCUACACGCACUCAUCGCACUUAGAAAAUUACCAUUUCCACGGGAAAGAUCACACCGAAUACGUGUAUCUGCUGUGUGUCUUGUUGACGGGUCUUGUGUGUUCAGUGACUCUCCUGCGAAUUGAUUGUCCCUUCACGCUCGUGGACGGCUUCAUGGCAGCAUUGACAUGCCUUUGGAGCAUCAAAAACUGGAACACAUCCUUGAUGUUCUACGGACUGUUUCCGAUCAAGGGCAAAUAUAACCCUCUGCUGCAACUUUUUCUGUCGUAUCUUUUCGACGACGAACAGCACACGUUUCCUCUGAUAGCAGUGGGGUUCGUUGUGGCUUACGUAUACAAUUGUCUCGACACUCGGUCGCUGGGUCCCCUGUACGGCUAUAUUCGGAGUAAGGCCUCAGGGUACGGACUGGUAAACGACCGCCAUUUCCGGGCUCCCAGGUGGUUCUUGGCGAUUUGGGGCUUUCUGGUGAAUAACCAGCGACGCACCGUCAACGUGAUUGUCAAGAACACGCAUAGCUACCAGGGCCAAGGCCGCAAAUUGGGGAGUAAAAACGACGGCAAAGACAAGGAAGCCGAUGCAAACGCAAAUGCAAAAGAUAUGGCCGACCUAAGGGCUGCACGCGCUGCUACCUAUGAUGCCACGAGUCCUGCGUCCAAUUUAAAUUUUCGCGGUGUCGGCCGGCGUGUUGGCUCGAAAUAG